AUGGCGGAACAAAAGACGCCGAGUGUCACCAUGGCCGAGAUUCCCUCGACCAUGCUUGCUCAAGCUGCGGCUGCUGCGAGAGCGAAUGACGACCAAGAAAACCGCCUGACUCCAUCAAGGACGGCCGAAUACUUAAGCCCGAAUAGCACAGACGAGAACCUACCACCGCCAGCAUACGGCGACACAUACGGCGAUGUAAGCAGCCAGGACGCUGGUCUGGGUACCAAGGCCACUUUACGCUCCGAUGGACGAGUCAACAUCAAUAUCAACCAAACAUCUCGCCACUUGUCGAGCUUGCUCGUACCUGCUCUCAGAAGCCAGCUUGAUCUUGCCGACACUACCCAGGUCCCUCCGCCAUAUAUUCCUACAUCGCUCGGAGGGGCGCCCGGUCAACCNCCGCCACCACCUCUCAACGUAGUUAUCCAUGUUGUUGGCUCAAGAGGAGACGUACAACCAUUCGUCGCACUCGGAAAAGUUCUCAAAGAUCAAUAUGGCCAUCGCGUCCGUCUAGCAACACAUCCUGUCUUCAGAGACUUUGUUACCGAGAACGGUCUCGAGUUCUUCAGUAUUGGAGGUGACCCUUCUGAACUUAUGGCUUUCAUGGUUAAGAACCCUGGAUUGAUGCCCGGAUUUGAUGUUAUGAGAAGAGGUGACAUUGGNAAAAGACGCAAGGAGAUCUCUACCAUGAUCAAAGGUUGCUGGCGGAGUUGCAUCGAGUCCGGCGAUGGUACUGGUGUCGCAGUAGACGACAACACAACCGAAGAAUGGAUGCGCAAUACCGAUUCCACCAUCAAGCCUUUCAUCGCCGACGCCAUCAUUGCAAACCCUCCCUCAUUCGCUCAUAUCCAUUGUGCCGAGAAGCUAGGAUGUCCUUUACAUAUGAUGUUCACCAUGCCCUACUCUCCUACACAGGCCUUCCCUCAUCCUCUGGCUAACAUCCAGUCCACCAAUGCUGAUCCCCACCUUACCAAUUUCAUUAGUUAUACACUCGUCGAGAUGUUGACCUGGCAGGGUCUCGGCGACGUCAUCAACAGAUUCAGAGUGAAGGAUCUUUCUCUGGAUCCUAUCAGUUUGAUAUGGGCUCCUGGCAUGUUGACAAGACUGCGCGUCCCCUACACGUACUGCUGGUCGCCUGCUCUGAUUCCCAAACCCAAAGAUUGGGGCAACCAAAUAUCUAUUGCUGGCUUCUAUUUCCUCUCUCUGGCUUCGAACUUUACACCGCCUCCUGAUUUGAAGGCUUUCUUGGACGCUGGACCACCACCUGUAUACAUUGGCUUUGGCUCUAUUGUGCUUGAUGACCCCAACGGCAUGACCAAACUCAUUUUCGAUGCUAUCAAGAAGACUGAUAGACGUGCCUUGGUGUCUAAGGGCUGGGGCGGUUUCGGCGCUGAUGAACUCGGCAUACCAGAAGGUGUUUUCAUGCUGGGGAACGUGCCUCACGAUUGGUUGUUCAAGCAUGUAUCUUGCGUUGUCCAUCACGGAGGCGCAGGAACCACUGCUGCUGGCAUAGCGUGCGGUGUUCCCACCGUCAUUGUUCCAUUCUUCGGAGAUCAGCCNUUUUGGGGAGCCAUGGUCGCUAAAGCUGGAGCUGGUCCUAAUCCUAUUAACCACAAGGACUUGACUGCCGACAAUCUAGCCGAAGCAAUCAACAAAGCUCUUGAACCGGCCACUAGAGAAAGAGCACAGGAUCUGGCCAACAGCAUAAGUCAUGAGAAGGGCACUGAAACCGGUGCUCAGAGUUUCCACCAAUUUCUUGAAGUCGACAAGAUGAGAUGUAGCAUAGCACCUAGCAAAGCAGCGGUGUGGCGACUAAAGAGAACCGAAGUUCGUCUUAGUGCCCUUGCAGCGACCACUUUGGCUACUGAAGGAUUGCUGGACUUCAAGGAUCUAAAAUUGUACCGCCCAAGAGAGUAUGAGGCUGAUGAGGGUCCUCCUGAGCCCAUAUCUGGAGGUGCUGGCGCUCUCACUGGCACAAUCAGCACAAUGAUGAUGGGUGUCGCCGACUUCCCUGUUGCUGCGUUGAAGGCUUUGAGAAUACACCCUGAUGCUGUUCCCAACAAGACUACAACAGAUCCACAGGCUGCUUCUCAGCAACCUUCGUCUGAGGGCCAAUCGACAGAAGUUGACUCUACAUCCAGGGAGUCAGCUGUCUCUCAAUCAAGCAGACCGACUUCGCCUUCUAGAGGUCCUAGUGCGGGCGCAACUUUCAAUCUCGAUGAGUCGUUUGCAAAGAUGGGUUCUCCCCAUCUAACAGCUGAAGACAAGACGGAUAGAGGGAAGCGUAGUCGCUCUUCAUCCUUGGCUGCUGCACUGCAGGGUCGUCUGGGUAGCCAAUUGCGCCAUCGCUCUGGCUCUCGUAGCGGCUCUACUUCAAGGUCUUCGAGUCCCCGCAGGGCAAACACCGCGCAGUCACAGACAUCAGCACAAUCUCAGUCACAAGGAGGCGAGACAAACCUUAGAGAAGUUAUCGAUGCCGCCUUCGGCACAAGUAAAGGCGUUUCUAGAAUCGUUGGAGCUGGUUUCAAAUCACCAAUGGACUUCACGCACGCUCUUGCAAAGGGUUUCCACAAUGCACCAAAGCUUUACGGAGAUGAGUCGGUCAGGAAGCCUGACAAGAUCACUGACUUCAGAUCUGGACUCCGUGCAGCCACCAAGGAGUUCGGAUUUGGUAUGUUCGAUGGCAUCACUGGACUCGUCACACAACCUGUCGAAGGCGCAAAGAAGGAAGGAGCCGCUGGCUUCAUCAAGGGCUUCGGCAAGGGUAUUGGUGGCAUAGUGCUCAAACCUGGCGCAGCCAUUUUCGGCAUCCCGGCUUAUACUAUGAAGGGUGUCUACAAGGAGCUUCAACAACUGUCCGGAUCUUCCGUCCAGAACUACAUCAUUGCAGCUCGCACAGCACAAGGGUAUGAUGAGUGGCACAGGUCAAGCGCCCAAGAACGACAGAAAAUCAUCCGACGCUGGAAAGUGGUUGAGUCGGAGGUCAAGAAGAAGAGAUUCAUUCAUGAACAAUUCCAAGAUAUGCUCAGGAAGCAAUGGGAUGGUGACAACCGUGAAGGUGGUAACGGCAACGAUGCUCAAGCCAGAGGUUCGCGUUCCUUGUUGGGCAUGCGUCCUCGAUCGCGUGCUAAUUCGCGUGCAGUGAGAAUGAGUACACACAGCGAAGUCACAACACCGACGGUUGAGGUCACACGGUACCCGAGCGAGCCUCCUAAGUACGAGGACUUGCAAUUCACGCGUGGUGCUGGCGGAAACGAAUUGGAAAGCGCCAUUCAAGCAUCCGUCGCUGAUACCAGCCGUGGAGAUCCAGAGCAGGAUGCCAUGAUCGAGCGCGCCAUCCGCGCCAGCAUUGCCGAAUUAGCAUCUGGUCAGAAUCCUUCCGGCAAUGGCAGCGGCAACAACACCGAUGACGAAGAUGAGGUUCUUCGCAGAGCGAUCGCAGCGAGUAUGCUAGAUCAUCACGGCCAAGAUCCACCAGCAUACCAAGACACACCAUCUUCCGAGCACGAUGAAGAAUUAAGAGCCGCGCUCAAAGCCAGCCUAGCAAACCCUUCCGAACACCAAGAUAAACGCGUCAAACAUCAAGUGCACUCUACCGACAGCGAAUGGGAUACCAACUCUGGCUCCGACGACGAAGACUACCGCCUCGCCGUCAAAGCAUCCCAAGACCAGCGCUCCUUAGACCAACACUCCACUAACGACGCAGACCUCCAAAAGGCCAUCUCCGAAAGCCAAGAUGCCCACAAAGCGACGACCAGCGCUGAAGAAGAGGAAAGAGUGGUCAUGGAGUACGUCAAGAAGCAGAGCUUGUUGGAGGAACAGCAUCGAAAGAAUGUUGCUGGUAAGGGUAAAGGCAAAGAGGUUGAGCAUGAUGAUGAUAACGAUGAUGAUGAAGACUAUAAAAAGCUCUGGAGAUGA